CGGAGGGGGCUUGCUCGGAAGAAGAGCGAAUAGGUCACUGCACGGAAGUCGGUCCGUUCCGUUGGUAGCCGCGGUCGCGAUAAGUCGGUGCUCUUGUCAGGCGUUUCACGUACACACGCGUUUCCACUCAUACUCAAUCUAACAUUCCAAGGGCCGGGUCCUUCUGCCGUCUCUUCGACACUGCUCUUUGGUAUCUUGCGUAGAGUCCGCACCAUAGCAAACGUCACCAUGUACGCCUGCAGCCGAUUCAUCGCGCCCAUCGCUAAAUCCACCUUGGUCUCCGGCACCAAGACCUAUCUACGGCCGCUGAGCAGUGCCGUGAUCAGCCACAGCCAGUCCUUACAGCAGAAUCAAAUUCAGACGCCCGUCAGUUUGUCACCAAUUGUGCGUAGCUUCCAAACUUCCACAGUCAGUCGUGACAUUGAUUCUGCUGCAAAAUUCAUUGGUGCUGGAGCUGCCACUGUGGGAGUAGCAGGAUCUGGUGCUGGAAUUGGAUCCGUAUUCGGUUCUCUAAUCAUCGGCUAUGCGAGGAAUCCUUCCUUGAAACAGCAAUUAUUCUCAUACGCCAUCUUGGGCUUUGCCCUGUCCGAGGCCAUGGGUCUAUUUUGUCUUAUGAUGGCUUUCCUACUCCUUUUCGCCUUUUAAGCCACAAUAUCUGCAUAAGAAAUUGCUGAUAGUUUUAGUGCGUCACUGCCAAGGCAGCGUCGCUUGGCUCUAUGGGGAAAGGCGACGGCUGUCUCUGGUGCGCGGGAUGCCAUGAAAUCAUUAGAGAAGCUCAGAUUUUCGUGGUUCGAUGGGGUGCGACGGUGCGACAAUGAACAAGAAAGAACAAGGGCUGCAGUACACAUGCAGUUACACGUCAUCGUGCGGACCGUCCCGGCCCUAUCCAAGCCUUCAGCUUGUUUGUAAUUAUUUCAUGGCCUACUGUCUCAUGUAGCGUAUAACUCACAUUGUUAUAAAACAAUUUCAGUGUAACGAAACGAAUAAGACAUUAUUGAAAGUUGAAAUUAAAAGAGAGAAAAAAAAAAAGAAACGACAGCCUCACCCGCAUACCCAUACACGCACGUACGUUAAUCAUCCUGUUUAGAGUGUCCUAUGCGAUAUAGUUCACUCUUCGAAGAUCUUUUUUGUCAUCUAAUGAAUUCAUCAUUGUUGUGCCGUCGCGUACGCACGUUGUUGAGGUAAUUCUUGACGAUAAAAAAAAGAACUGUACAGUAAUAACGAAUAAACACCUUUGUCGUGAACAUA